AUGCGUCGUGGAGGUCGCGACAGCCGUAGCGCUGAAAGGAGCAGUCGUAGUUUCGGUGGAGGCACGUCCAGCUUGAUGCGUCGCAAUGACCGCAAUGGUGGCCGUGUGGAGAAGCGGUUCGAUCGUAUGGAGCGAAAUGGGGAAAACCUGCGUAGCAUCCGCUGGGAUCAGGUAAAGUUGGAAGCGUUUCAGAAAAAUUUCUUCCAACCCGCAAGCAGCGUGCUGAAUCGUUCACGGGCGGAGGUGAACCAGUACUUAAACAAGAACGAAAUUACCGUGUACGGGAAGGAUGUGCCUGCCCCGAUCCUUCACUUUCACGAGAGCGGCUUUCCCCAGUACAUGUUGGACGAGUUUCAGCGGCAGAGUUUUAAGGAACCGACCUACAUUCAGGCGGUCGGUUGGUCGAUUGCGAUGAGUGGGCGCGAUAUGGUCGGUAUUGCCAAAACGGGCAGUGGCAAAACGCUGGCCUACAUCUUGCCUGCCUUGGUGCAUAUCAGCAACCAGCCGCGCAUCGCCCGUGGUGAUGGUCCGAUCGCGCUCGUGCUGGCUCCAACGCGUGAGCUGGCCCAACAGAUAAAGCAGGUUUGUGACGAUUUCGGACGGCGUAUGGGCAUCUACAAUACGUGCGUGUUUGGCGGAGCGUCCAAGUAUCCUCAGGAAAGUGAUCUGCGCCGUGGGGUCGAAAUCGUGAUCGCCACACCGGGACGGUUGAUCGAUUUUCUCGAACGUGACACUACCAAUCUGCGCCGCUGUACAUAUCUCGUGCUGGACGAAGCCGAUCGUAUGCUGGACAUGGGCUUCGAGCCGCAAAUUCGCAAGAUUAUAUCGCAAAUCCGUCCCGACCGUCAGGUGCUGAUGUGGUCCGCUACAUGGCCGAAGGAGAUACGCAAGCUGGCGGAAGAGUUUUUGCGCGACUAUAUCCAGAUCAACAUUGGUUCACUCAAUUUGGCUGCGAACGAAAAUAUUCUGCAAAUAAUAGACUGCUGCGAGGAGUACGAGAAGGAGAAUCGAUUGUUUAAGCUGUUGGAGCAGAUCUCGUCCCAGAACGAUGGCAAAACGAUCAUCUUUGUCGAAACGAAGCGCAAGGUGGAUAAGAUUGUGAACGUUAUACGCCGGCAGGGUUGGCGGGCGGAUGGGAUACAUGGCGACAAGUCGCAAAAGGAUCGCGAUUACGUACUGAACACAUUCCGUCGCUCGAACAAUGGUAUCCUGGUAGCCACGGAUGUGGCCUCUCGCGGUCUAGAUGUGGACGAUGUGAAGUUUGUUAUAAAUUUCGACUUUCCGAACAACACUGAGGAUUAUGUGCAUCGUAUCGGUAGAACGGGACGCUCAACUAACAAGGGAACAUCGUAUACAUUCUUUACGCCGGCCAAUUCGUCCAAGGCAAACGAUCUUAUCACUGUACUGCAAGACGCGAACCAGUACAUCAAUCCGGAGCUACAAGAGUAUGCUCGAGGCAGUGGCCGUUACCGUGGAGGUGGAGGAGGACGUAUGCGUGGAAACAUGAGUGGUGGACGCGAUCGGGGCAUCGGGCCACACAAUGGAAGAAUGGGCGGUGGCAGCAGGUUCAGCGACGUAAAGCCAGGGCGCGAUGAAGGAGGGUACCGGAAUGGUAAUGACGAUCGUGGUAUGAAGUAUCCACGCCGGGAUGAGUUUAACCGUAGCGAUCGCGAUCAUCGCGAUGGAGGAUCACGUUCCGCUGGUGGAUAUAGUUCGACUGGAGGAUCACGCGCUGCUAAUGGCAUGGGUAUGAGUUCGAACGGUUACGGUGCCAGCAGUACGGCAUACGGAGCGGAUGACCGUGCUAACUACGGCGGACACUAUGGCAGCCAGACACAAGGUGCAUAUGGAGGAGCAUACAGCGCACCUGGUGCAGUUUCUCGGCGUACCGAUUCGGAUCGUUCCCGUGCACCGGCUAGUGCUGUCGUCGGUUUGCCCGCCACACCAGCGCUGCCCAGUGCAAUCGCUUAUGCUCAUCCCGCAAUGGCACUGACGGCCGGACCGUAUGGUGCACCGGGGGUGGCAUAUCAGUACACAGCUCCGCCUCCAACCGCGGCGUUGGGUCGCUCCGACGCAUACUCUGCACGAGGUGUAAUGCCCUCGCUGCCAUCGGGUGGUAUGUAA